AUGCCACAGAAAGACUGGACAAGGACCUUCAUGAGCCAAGAGCCUCUGUUAUCUUCAGUAAUGUAAGUGCUGUAUGUUUUGUGUUCUAAUCCAGCUCUUAAGUAAAGCAGAUAAAGAGAACUGUUUAGUUUAAGGUUUCAUAAAGAGACUGACUGAUCAACUGUUUUUCUUAAAAAUUUGUUUAGUAUACUUCUAACUAUUCAACUAACCAUUUUGACUGACUAACUGAGCAACUUACACUACCUAGACACUGAAUAAUUGAGCAACUGACUGACUGUGCAAUUUGGUACCUGACCUGCUGACAAAAUGACUGAAUAAGCAUACCUGCCUGGCUGACAGAAUGACUGAUUGAGCAACUGACUGACUGACUGUGUGCUUGGGUACCUGACUGACUGACUGACUGACAGAAUGACUGAUUGAGCAAUUGACUGACUGACUGUGCAGUUGGGCACCUGACUGGCUUACAGAAUAACUGACUGACUGAAGUUUCAUUUCACCCUAACAAUAAUAUUUAACAAACAUAUACGAUGUAAUUGGGCACAUCCCUAAGCUUAUGGCAAGAUGGUUAAUGGUGUUUUUAAAGAGACCUUCAGUUUUUGCCAGGGUCAUUAUUAAAGGAAAUUGUGUUAAUGGAGGAGCUGGUUAUGGUUUAGAAGUGCUUUGUGAAUAUCAUUUUGAAGGGGACAAUUUUUCAUGCAAUUGGUUAAAAGAGAACCUAGUUAAAGAUCAAUUUGAUGUUCAAUGUUGACACUACAGUUAAAAAUAACCGCACACCACUUUUCAGACAGUUGAUUUCGAGACAUUUGUGGAAACAAGUUACACUUGUGAUUUUAACUUUGCUGUACUUGACUCCCAGAAUUUAUUUUUUGUAAGCAAAGUGACGGUUUAAUACAGGUGAAAACAAUGAAAUCAGCACUUUGGGACCUUAGAAAGGGUGACCGCAUCGCAUCCGCUUAAUAGAGGUGACCGUUUAAUGGAGGUCGAGUUAACAGCAAAUAAGGGAAGUGAUUUCUGGGACUUUGACAGGUGACCGCUUAAUACAGGUUUGACUGUAUGUGACUGACUCUACUGUCCAAAGACUCACCAACACACUAAAUGAUUUACAAAUGUAUUUUCUGGCUGAUUGACUGAAUAACUGACUGUACUGUCCCAUGACAUGACUAACUGACUGAAUAAUUUAUGGCUGGUUGAUCGUGAGACUAGCUAACUCUUCUGUCCGGGGACUAACCAACUAACUGAAUGAUUUAUGGCUGUUGAUUGGCUAAGUACAUGUUGCUGACUCAACUGUCCCAGGAUUGACUAACUGAGUGAAUGAUUUAUGGCUGGCUGAUUGGCUGACUAGCUGACACUACUGUCCAAGGACUGAUCAACUGACUGAAUGAUUUAUGGCUGGUUGAUUGACUGACUAACAAUCGCAUACAAUGUACUCUACUGUCCAGGGACUGACCAAAUGAUUAAAUUAUUUAAUUUGCUGGGUGAUUAACUAAAUAAAUGACUCUGCCAUCCGGGGACUAACCAAUUGAUGGUGUGAUUUAUGGCUGAUUGAUUCACUUACUAACUGACUCUACUGUCCAGGGACAUACUAAAAUAAUUAAUGAUUGAAUGAUUUAAUUAACUGGUUGAGUGACUGAAUGACUGACUCUGACUUUGUUUAUAAUCGAUUAUAAAGGGUUUUGUUUCAAGUAAUUUGCUCUCUACUCUCGAUACUUGAUUGUGGCAAGAAUCUAACAACCUUCGUUCAAGUUUUGAGCAAUCUUCUACAUGUGACUUCUCUCAUGUCAAAAAAUCUUUGUACUCUAUAAUGUCUCUUCUGAAAAUAACUGAUGAGCUUCAUUGAAUAUUUUAAACUUUUGUUUCCAUUUCAGAUGCCACAGAAAGACUGGACAAGGACCUUCAUGUGCCAAGAGCCUCUGUUAUCUUCAGUCAUGUAAGUGCUGUAUGUUUUGUGUUUUAAUCCAGCUCUUAAGUAAAGCAGAUAAACAAAACUGUUUGGUUUAAAGUUUCAUAAAGAGACUGACUGAUCAACUGGUUUUUUUGAAAAAUUUGCUUAGUAUACUUCUAACUAUUCAACUAACCAUUUUGACUGACUGACUGAGCAACUUGCAGCACCAAGACACUGACUAAUUGAGCAACUGACUGACUGUGCAAUUUGGUACCUGACUGGCUGACAAAAUGACUGAAUAAGCACCUGGCUGACUGAAUGACUGUGCAGUUGGGCACCUGCCUGGCUGACAGAAUGACUGAGUGAGCAACUGACUGACUGACUGUGUGGUUGGGUACCUGACUGACUGACAGAAUGACUGAUUGAGCAACUAACUGACUGACUGACUGACUGACUGGCUGACAGUGCAAUUGGGUAUCUGACUAGCUGACAGAAUGACUUAUUGAACAACUGGCUGACUGACUGACUGUGCAGUUGGGUACCUGACUAGCUGACAGAAUGACUGACUGAGCAACUGACUGACUGACUGUGCGGUUGGGUACCUGACUGACUGACAGAAUGACUGAUUGAACAACUGACUAACUGACUGACUGACUGACUGACAGUGCAAUUGGGUACCUGACUUGCUGACAGAAUGACUAAUUGAACAACUGACUGACUGACUGGCUAAACUGUGCAGUUGGGUACCUGACUGGCUGACAAAAUGACUGAUUGAGCAAUUGACUGACUGACUGUGCGGUUGGGUACCUGACUGACUGACAGAAUGACUGAUUGAACAACUGACUAACUGACUGACUGACUGACUGACAGUGCAAUUGGGUACCUAACUAGCUGACAGAAUGACUAAUUGAACAACUGACUGAGUGACUGACUGUGCAGUUGGGUACCUGAUGGGCUGACAGAAUGGCUGAUUGAGCAACUAACUGACUGACUGACUGACUGACAGUGCAAUUGGGUAUCUGACUAGCUGACAGAAUGACUUAUUGAACAACUGGCUGACUGACUGACUGUGCAGUUUGGUACCUGACUGGCUGACAGAAUGACUGACUGAGAAACUGACUGACUGACUGACUCACUAACUGUGCAAUUGGGUUCUUGACCAGCUGACAGAAUGAGUGAUUGAGCAACUGACCGACUGACUGAUUCACUGUGAAAUUGGGUACCUGACUGGCUGACAGAAUGACUAAUUAGCAACUGACUGAACGACUGACUGACUGUGCAAUUGCGUUCUUGACCUGCUGACAGAAUGACUGAUUGAGUAACUGACUGACUGACUGACUGUGCAGUUUGGUACUUGACUGGCAAACAGAUUGACUGAUUAGGUAACUGACUGACUGACUGACUGACUGACUGACUGACUGUACGCUUGGGUACUUGACUGGCAUACAGAUUGACUGAUUGAGUAACUGACUGACUGACUGUGCAGUUGGGUACUUGACUGGCAUACAGAUUGACUGAUUGAGUAACUGACUGACUGACUGACUGACUGACUGUGCAGUUGGGUACUUGACUGGCUGUCAGAAUGACUGAUUGAGCAACUGAGCAACUGAGCAACUUACAGCACCAAGACACUGACUAGUUGAGCAGCUGACUGACUGUGCAAUUUGGUACCUGACCGGCUGACAAAAUACUGAAUAAGUAACUGACUGACUGUGCAGUUGGGUACUUGAGUGACUAAUUGAGCAACUGACUGACUGUGCUAUUUGGUACCUGACCAGCGGACAAAAUGACUGAAUAAGCAACUGACUGACUGGUUACUUGACUGGCUGUCAGAAUGACUGAUUGAGCAACUGACUAACUGACUGACUGACUGUGCAGUUGGUUACCUGACUGGCUGACAGAAUGACUGAUCGAGCAACUGACUGAAUGACUGACUACGUGUAACUAAAUAACUUACCAAGUGACUGACUGACUGACUGAGCAACUGACUUAAGGACUGACUGGGUCUGCAAAGCAGGGGUCAAUUAAAUAAAACUUUUACAAGUGUAAUUAACAAGUGUAUCCAUUGUUUAGAGUCUGUAUUAAUCACACCCUGAACAAAUGAGCUGCUUUACGCCAUUCCAGUGAACUUCAAUUUUCUGUUUUCCCAUACAGAGGUUUCUGAUAACAACAUUAAUGAAAUCAAAAGAAAGCUAUACAUAAUCAAACCAAAAUAAUAAUUAAUUCAAAACAAAGAAAUGUACACAGAGAAAAACCUAAAGGAAUUAUUCAAAACACACACACCUGACAGUGAAGGUGUUAUCCAAACAAUGAAGGACAAUGCAUAAAGUAUGGCAAUGGUACAUGAGCGAUCCUCGAAUAAUGGUCACAAACGUUACACUAAAUGGCAGGAAAAGUGACCUGGAAUUUAAAUUAAGCCCGAAAAACCACUGGUCCUAAAUCAGUGGAAACACUUUGAAAAUUGCCACAGCUGUACACUUGUAAAAUUAUAUUUGUAAAAGUUCUAUAAAAUUGAAGUGUUAUUUGCUAGUACAGUCAACGGGUGGGUGUUAAUUUAUUUUAAUAAUAUGUGGUAAAUUAUUCGGAAAUGGUUUCUCUCUGGUAUUCAUGAAAAUGUGAUGCAGUCAAACCUUUUUUAAUAUGGGUACUAAGGAGGGCAUAGAAUGUGUGUGUAUUAACGGGAUGUCUAGAUUAAGCAGCUUCAAUUUAGCGAGUGCUUUCUUUCCUGAGGGACAAAGUAAAGUGUCCAUAAUUAUAAGGUUUCUGUAUUAAGUGGGGGUCCAUAAAGCAAGGUUUGAAUGUUAAUGGGCAAUUGCUCUGUUCUGAAAAUAUCUGAUGAGCUUUAUUGAAUAUUUUAAACUUUUGUUUCCAGAUCAGAUGUCACAGAAAGGCUGGACAAGGACUUUCACGAGCAAAGAGCCUCUGUUAUCUUCAGUACUGUAUGUGCUCUAUGUUUUGCUUUGUAAUCCAGCUCUUGAGUGAACCAGAUUGUGGGCCAGGUGUUUCAAAGUUUGAUUAA